AUAAUAAUAUAAUUUUACCUAUUUGGCUGAAAAAAUCGAUAUUGUUCCUCCACGUCUAGUGUUGUUGCAUGCCGAUUAAUUACGACUAUCGAUAAUGCUGAUAAUACCAUCAGAAUCUAUGUAAAAACAGUGUUGUCGCUCGCUGUUUACGCACAGAUGUCUCUGCAAUCAAUCUAUUUUUAAAUUGUAUUAUUACCUGCAAAUUAAUCAAAUACCUGAUAUUCAUAACUGAGAAUCAUAUCGUCGGCAAUCAACAUGGAAUGUCAACGAACGGUGUGCUAGUGAUAGCUAUGUGAAACUCCUUGACCACACUGGACGACGUUUCACCGUAAAAAUCAGCAUUCUACAUUAUAUAAUUUGUAAUUAAGCGAAUUCGAUGUGAAUGCGAGACCAAAACAAAUAAACGGCAAAGCAAACAAAAAAUCAUUAGCGGCCUACCGCCAUAAACAAUGGUAACAAGUUAGCGAACGCACACACGACGCCUGCUUAGUGACGACCAAACAAAACAGCAACAACAAUGAAAGCUGCCGAUGUUGCUGUGCUAUCAUCAUCAUCCUCCUCCUCCACCACCUCCUCAUCGUCGUCAUCACCAACAAGUGACGAAACGACGCCGGCGGAUGUGUCAGCAGCGGCUGCUGUUAUUAUUUCACCCCGCAGCCCUGGAAAUGUCUUUCUGGAUCGCUUCUUUGGCGCCUUCCAGUGGGAGGAAUUUGCCUGUGGCUGCGGUUCCGCAUUCGUCAACAUCGCCGUCACAUAUCCCAUCUACAAACUCAUAUUCCGGCAAAUGCUGCACGGCGUUCCCAUGGGAUCGGCGUUACUGCAGCUGCGUCACGAGGGUCUGGGAUUCCUAUAUCGCGGCAUGUUGCCGCCGCUUGCACAAAAAACGAUCUCGCUGUCCAUUAUGUUUGGUGUCUUCGAUGGCACGCGACGUUAUCUGGUCGAGGAUUAUCGUCUGAACGAUCAUGGCGCUAAAGUCAUAGCUGGAGUUGUCGCCGGAAGCGUGGAAUCAAUUUUAUUGCCAUUCGAACGUGUCCAAACGCUGCUGGCUGAUUCAAAGUUCCAUCGGUAUUUCUCCAACACGCAGAGUGCGUUUAGAUAUGUAGUUACGAAUUAUGGAUUUCGGGAGCUGUACAGGGGCAUUGAACCAGUAUUUUGGCGCAACGGCUUGUCGAAUGCGCUGUUCUUCAUGCUGCGCGAGGAGGCCAGUGUUCGUUUACCAAAGAGGAAAUCGGUAUCGAGCAGAACUGCACAAGAAUUUUUUGCUGGUGCCGUCAUCGGUGCCAGCAUCAGCACAUUGUUUUAUCCACUGAAUGUGAUCAAGGUGUCGCUGCAAAGUGAUAUGGGUCAUCGAACGGAGGGCAGUUGGCAUGCCUGCAAACGAAUCUAUCGGGAACGCGACAGUCGGAUUGGCAACUUUUAUCGGGGCUGUGCAUUCAAUACGGGACGCUCCUUCAUCAGUUGGGGCAUCAUGAAUACCGCCUAUGAGAACCUGAAGAAGCUGUUCCAUCAACGUAGACUGCAUCCGCCAACAACGCAGUUGUCAUCGAACAAGUAGACAAACAACAACAAACAAAGAAAAUUGUGACGUAUCAUGUGCUAUGUAUUACGUAUUACGUAAAGAACACUAUAUAACUAUAACUACGAUAACUAGUAACUAACUAAGCUGAAUGUAUACAAAAAGAAUGAAUGAAUGUUUCCUUCUGCCUUUAACUAGCAAUUUUUUUCUCUUUGUUUUGUAAGUCAUAUUUAAGAGUGAGUUUCGUUGAGGAAUGCGACGUUUUAAGGCAUUCAAUGUAUGUAAAUUAUAUAUUUGUAUAUCAUUUAUAUAUACUUAAGUGCAUACAGACUGCAGCAAACUUAACAUUUAUUUCAAAAUAGUUACGAAAUAAAAACCAAAAAGAAGAUUGCAAUGCAAAAUAAAAAAGAAAGGCCGCCAAUAAAUAGGUACAAUAAUUGUGAGCAUUUAAAUCCAAAAACAACUAAAAAAAAAUUAGUUCUUAAACAUUGUAUAUACACAAAAUG